CCAUCGCAUGCCGCCGACAUCAUCCAACUCCAACCGAUCGCCAUUGCCCAUCCCCGUCUCAAAGCUAUUCCCUGUACCGUAAAAGCUACCCUACUUACGUCCUAACCCAUAAACCAUGUCCUCCUCACCACCCGCCUCAACGGGGGGCCUAACCCCCGACCAACUCACCUCCUUCUGGCGGGACGGGUACCUCAUCAUCCCGCACGCCCUCCCGCCCACCACAGUGCAAGCCCUGCUCUCCGAGACCCACGCGCUGCUAGACGACUUCUCGCUCGCAGACCACCCCAUGACGCGCUUCAGCACGGGCGAGAAGUCCGCGCACGUCGGCGACGACUACUUCCUAACCUCCGGCGACAAGAUCCGCUUCUUCUUCGAAGAAGACGCGUUCGACGCCUCGGGCUCCCUCACCAAGCCCAAGGCGCAGGCCAUCAACAAGAUCGGCCACUACCUGCACGCGCUCUCGCCCCCCUUCGCCUCGCUGCUCGACCCGGCGCUGAACCCGGACCUGCUCGGCGCCGCGUCGAGCGGGGGCAGCGUGGCAGCGGGCCGCAAGGAGAGCCAGCCGGCGGCGGUGGCGCGCGCGCUCGGGUUCCGCGACCCGCGCUGCCUGCAGAGCAUGGUGAUCUGCAAGCAGCCGGAGAUCGGCGGCGCGGUGCCGCCGCACCAGGACUCGACCUUCUUGUACACGGACCCGCCGUCGGCCGUGGGCUUCUGGUACGCGCUCGAGGACGCGACCGCCGAGAACGGGUGCCUGAGCUUCCUGCCGGGCAGCCACCGGUGGGCGCCCGUGCGACAGCGGUUCGCGCGCGCGAAGGCUGGUGGUACUGAAUUUAUAGAUAACGAGGGGCCGCGGUUCCCGCCGGGGGAGGAGUACGGAGAGAAGGAGGAGAAGGAGGCGGGUGAGGGUAAGGAUGGCGAGUAUGUGAUGGGCGAGGUUAAAGCUGGAGAUUUGGUCUUGAUACAUGGAAACUUGCUGCAUAAGAGCGAGAGGAACUUGAGCCAGAAGGGGCGGAUUAUCUACACGUUCCAUGUUAUCGAGGGCGAGGGGACUAAGUAUGACGAGCGGAACUGGCUCCAACCGCCUGCGGAAGGGUUCACGCGGCUUUAUAGAGAUUAAAAAGAAGAGAGACGGGAAUGUUUGUAUCGAGUAGGGCACUAUGGGGUUGUAUUUCUUAAAGCUCUACGCUAGCCAAUGUAUAUCAUUAUGUAAUAUCCUUGCCUACUUUCUGUUUUUAUGAAUAUACAAGAGUUUGCAGAUUUGUACACAGCUUUAACUACUC